CACAGUGCACUGUUUCAAACAUGCACACACGCCCGCACAAAUCUUCAACGUGAUCGCUAAUCGUGUCAUAUAUUUUUUGGACUUUGAUCAGUCGUCCACCAUUUUGAACAUAAGGCACUCUUUUCUUGAUUUUCAUUGCUGAAGGACACAUUAUCUUCGGGUCCUCUUCUGACGAUUAAGUUUCAUCAUGGUUGUCAAGGUUUACAUCGAUUAUAGCUCACAGCCUUGUCGUGCGCUCGUCCUCUUUCUGAGAAACACCAAGAUCCCUUUUGAAAUUGAAACAAUUGACGUGAUAAAAGGUGAUCACAAGAAACCAGAUUAUGGAAAAGUGACUCCUCUGCGGACAAUACCUGCUAUUCAAGAUGGGGAUUUCAGUAUGGCGGAAACUGUGGCGAUUAUUCGGUAUUUGGCAACGAAGUAUUCAGACCUAGUCCCAGACCACUGGUACCCAAAGGACCUGAAGAAAAGAGCCAGAGUUGAUGAAUACAUGGCCUUUCAUCAUACAGGAACCAGAGGAGCGUGCUUUGGGAUGUUCACCAGUGAGGUCUACGUUCCGUUGUUCUCCGGAGGAAAGCAGCACGCAUCAGAAGAAAGGGUGAAGAGAGACGAAGAAAACCUAACCAAACAACUAGACAAGCUGGAGACUGCUUUCUUGCAGGAUAAUGAUUGGUUGGCUGGAGAUGAUAUCUCUGUCGCUGACAUGCUCGCCGUCCCUGAGAUGAUGCAGAAUACCAUACAUGGACGAGAUGUCACAGAGGGGCGACCUAAGCUCAAAGCCUACGUAGAUCGUGUGAAGAAUCGUCUUAAUCCUGCCUUUGAUGAAGUCCACGAAGUCGUGUAUGCAUGGAGGGAUAGCUACAACAAAUAGAUUCUCAAUUAAAAUCUCACGUUUCCACAAGUUUUUAAUAUCGAAUCAUAUUCCCAAUCCUUUGAGUCAAUCGAACAGUUUUUCUUUACGGCUCUUUUUCUUCCUCUCAUCUUUGAAAUUAUUUUCUCUCUUUGUCUUAUAAAUCUCCAUGUAACAUUUGAUCUUCACAAUUACCUCUCAAUUCUCCCUCAUUCAUUUUCCAUCCCCAUUCCUCCUCAUUCCUCCUCCUCCCCCCUCUCUCUUUUUUUUUCUCUCUCUCUCUCCCUCUCUCUUUUGUCUUUGUAAUGUGUUAUGUUUUACGAAUAUCAAAUCCGAUUUUAGUAUAAAUGUUUGAGCUAUGUGCCGACUAUCUUUUGUUGACCUUUUCCAGAUGUGCGAUCCACAGGCCGAUGACAUAUCCACUACACCGCGAGACCUCAUAACGACACAAAAGCUGAAGAAAAAAUUUACAAUGUGAAUGUCACAUUCCCUUUACAUUAGGACGAUUGUAUCCUCAUUCGUUUUGUUAUUAUUUUUCACGACAUAGGAAUGCAUGGAAAUAAAAUGUUACAUUCCGUCUAAUCAUUAUAUUUAACUUAGCCAUUUUUAGAUUAUCUAAAUAUCCAAAUGUGUCUAUGAAAGAAUGUCUUCAAGUUGGACAGAACAUUUGAGAAUGAAAGGACUGUUUGGUGGAGGGGAAAAUUAUACAGAUAUCCGAAAAAUCUCCAAGGGAGAUUGCAUGUACAAUAGCAUACAAAUCCUUAUAUAUAUAGUCAUGAUAAAUACUAAAAAUGUAAUAAACUAUUGAAGUGGCAAAUAUG